AUGUCAACUUCCACAAGGUCGCCGGAGGAUGCGUCAUCAAGAACGCCGUUGAGCAUAAAGAUCUCGACCAGAUUGAAAGUAGACAACCCUCGAACGCAGUCCGAGUCCGACGUCAAGUCAGCUAACACUGCCACAGAGGACCUCCGUCCGCACCUUGAAGCCGAUAGUCCAUGGGACGGGGAGUUUUUCCCGCAAGAAACACGCCGCUGCUACGGGCUAAUACCGAAUUCUCCAACGUGUGCCGAGAAGGUUGUCAUGCAUCCGCUCUACCAAGCGGUCUGCGACAAGUUUCUCACAACCAAGAAUUGGUUCUGGAGUGGCCAUAAGAAGACAUUCGCAACCUCAAAGCCUCAGAUCAUGAACACAGUAUGCUUCUCCAUCCGACCAGGAGCACAUAGCCAGCCUCUGCACCGAGAUGACUGGUGCUAUCAUGUUGUUGCACAAAAGGCGGACAAGUACCCGGAUGACCUGCAGCGGGACACCGGGAUUGGGUGGUUCGUUGCCGGCAAGGAUGCGACGUUCGAAAAUGGCUGCACCCGCUUCAUUCCAGGCUCCCAUCUCUGGGCCCAUGAGCAGGAACCGGAUGAUGACCUUUGUGCCUACGCCGAGCUGAAGAAGGGUGAUGCUUUCAUGAUGUUUGCAUCCUGCUAUCAUGGGGGUGGUUCCAACAAGACCAAAGACGAAGAGCGACUGCUGUAUAGCUGCUUUAUGACCCGAGGUUGGCUAAGGCAGGAAGAGAACCACUACCUCAACAUGAACCUCGACACCGUCAGGACUCUCCCCCGCGAGAUACAGGACCUGACAGGUUAUACACUGAGUGAGCCAUUCUUAGGAUGGGUCAACUCUAACACUCCCCGGGUGAUGCUUGACCCGUCCAUCAAGGGCAAUAAAGACAUGGUGCAAAAUGAGCAGCCUGCGUAG